CGCGCCGCCGUAAACGUCGUUGUCGGCCGCCGGCCGCGGCGUUGUGGUUUGCUUAUAAAGUUCGGUCUUAGUUCAGUUUUGCGAGGCAUGGAGAGUGACUUUUAUCUACGUUACUACGUGGGUCACAAAGGCAAAUUCGGCCACGAGUUCUUGGAGUUUGAGUUCCGACCCGACGGUAAAUUGAGGUAUGCCAACAACAGCAAUUACAAAAACGAUGUCAUGAUCAGAAAAGAGGCCUAUGUACAUAAAAGUGUGAUGGAGGAAUUGAAGAGAAUAAUUGAUGACAGUGAAAUUACCAAAGAGGAUGAUGCUUUGUGGCCUCCUCCUGACCGAGUAGGCCGGCAGGAGCUUGAAAUCGUCAUUGGAGAUGAACACAUUUCUUUCACAACAUCAAAAAUUGGUUCCCUUAUUGAUGUUAAUCAAUCCAAGGAUCCAGAAGGCUUACGAGUAUUUUAUUAUCUUGUCCAGGACCUGAAGUGCUUGGUCUUCAGUCUUAUUGGAUUACACUUCAAAAUUAAACCAAUUUAAAUGAAAUAUUAGUGUGGACCCGAGGUUGGGGUAGAAGUAAUUGUUUUUAAUUACCAUUAUCAGGAGAUUUUUGUGUAUAUCAGGGCAGUAUUUUUUUUAUAAACUAUAAAUGAUUGUCUUUAAUAAAUAUGUGAUAAAAAAAAUCCAAUUUUUUUAAUUUUAUAAAGA